UCAGACAAGACUUCAAUUUUAAAUGAGACGGUAGUUCCUUCUCCCUGUUACUGAAACCCACAACAAACACCGAAACUAGGACUCCAGCUGUUGUCAGGACGAAGCUUUGAAUUAUACGAGACUUUUUUUCCAGCUAGUGGGUCGAUUUUCAGCUCCAACUGCUUCUUGUCGACAGCCGUUUCAUGGGCACCCAGGAGGGAGAGAGAGAUUGGGUAGAGGUGGCAAAUGAUCUCCUCAGCAAGUGUGCCAUUAACCUAAGGCUGAAGAAACUGACAGACUGUGAUGCAAAUGUGUUCAUUGCUCUGUAUGAAAGCAUCUUGGGGGAGAAGGUUCCAGAUUACAUUGCAGCGCCACGCAGUCAAGAGGAUGAAGCCCAUAACGUUCAGUCUGUAAUCGAUUCACUCUCCCUGGAUUACCUUCAGAUCAGCCUCUCACACAUUACAGGAGAAAAUGUUGUCAGAGGGGACAAAGAUUCAAUCGAGAACCUCCUGGAAAUUUUUGAUGGCCUCCUGGAAUACCUCAAGGAGGAGAUAACCGAAGAGUCACAGAAUGGAGAGGAACUGAUUGACAGUCUCAAUGAGGAUGUACCUGCUGAAGCCAAAGAGCCUACAAGCUGUGAUUCCACAGUACAAAAGGAAACGAAACUGGAGGGUGCAUCGUUGUCUUCCAGUAGAGAGUCCGCUGUGUAUUCCAGUAAACAUUCCCUCCAUACCUGGAAUGCUGAGGAGGCGGGAUCAGCCAGUGAGCUCAUUGGGCUGGGAGUCUCGGCACGCACAUUCACAGGCAAACAGGACGAUGCAGAUCCCACCUCUGGUCCUCUGGACACGCCGGACACUCCACUGACUGCCGCUCUACCCUCAGCCAUCGCCCUGCAGCCGCCCAGCCAGAGCAAUACCCCCCACAGACCGGACACAGACCCUCACCCACCCAGCCAAUCCUCCACAGCUGCGGGUCUCAACCAAGGGCCUGCAGAGGAGGAAGCUGCUGCUGUCCUCACAGAGACUGAAGCUGAACCAGAGGCUGAGCCAGUUGUUACCAAUGGGCUACAUUCUCCUCUUUUCCAGUCUCCUGCUGCAAGUGAGAAGUCUGUGUCCAGUCAGCACAGAGCCGGGACAGAGGAGCAGGGGGAGACACUAGAGCCGACUAACGGGGGUCCCAGGAGGGUUUUAUUCCGCACCAAGCCAGAUGUGCUGUUCCUCAACCUACAGGAUGAGAUGGCGGUCCCAAGCCCUUCUCCACCAGACACUGAGGAGGAAGAGGAGGAUCCGAGUUAUACACAAAGACAAGCGCACAGAAGGAUAGAUCACAGAGAUCGGACAGGCCUCAGCAGCAAGUUAGAGGAGGACGAUUUGAAGGAGCCUCUUUCAUACCGCAGACAGAGGAACAAAAAGGCAGAAGAGGAGCUGCAUCACAUAUCUGCUAACCUCUCCCAUCGACUAGAGGAACUCGAUCAGAUGCUCAAACGAGUUCUGGGUGAAAGUGGAGAGUCCAGCGACGCAAGAGAAGAGGACAAGCAGUCCCACCACAGUGACAGUGUCAUGGAGUGCCGCAGGGCUCCCAGACAGCAAACAGGAGCACCCGAUGCUGAAUCGUCCCCCCGGACACGCUCCUUAUCCCCCUCCCCUCCGCGGGUCCGUCGCUCCCUACAGGGACAGCUAGAAAGUGCAAUGGCAGAGGCCUUGAGUCUGGAUGAUGGGAGACAAACAAACCUUGCGUCUGCUCAUUCGAGACGAGGAGAGCUACCCCACAGACCGUCUCACAGAAAACUGAACAAGUAUUUGGAGAAUAUGGCCUAUGAGGAGGAGUUGAAAAGAUAUGAAGACAAAGAACGGGCCGAUAUAGACCAGGCACGCCUCAAAGCUCAGGAAGCCGAGCGCCAGUACAGGGAGGCCAUACUUGGGGAAGUUUCGGACGCGUCCAGACUGUCUCCAGCUAGAACGAAGACCCAGCACAAGUCACAACAUAAAGCACAAACCACACCGAGACGGAGACGGCAGGAGGCCCCCAGGAAAGCUCCACCAAGUGCGCGAGGUAAUUGCUCCGUCACACUGGGAAAACUAGCUUACAGCACUACGCAAAAAUGGCAAAGGAAUAUAGGAAAAGAAAAUAUGAAGAGGAAUAUCGAACAUUUAAAGAGGACUGGGAACUCGAGUUUUUCUUCGUCUCCACCGAUUCGGGAAAAUGCAUCUGCCUGCUUUGUGACAACGUCAUUUCACAAUUUAAAAGGUCCAAUUUGCAGCGCCAUCACGACACAAAACACCCGAAGUUCAGCACCGACUUUCCGAAAGGUGGAGAGCUGAGGGCGGAAAAGCUGGCGAGACUCAAACAGAACCGAACUGCUCAAAAAAACUUAUUCCACACUAAUACGAGUGAAAGAGCGACAGAGGCAUCCUACAAAAUCACACAUGAACUGAUGAAACAGAUGAAGCCAUAUACUGUACUGAUGGAGAAAUGGUGAAGGAUUGCAUACUGCUGGCUUGUUCAACGUUGUUUCCUGAGAAAAAAGACCUGGAACGAGAGGCACCGGCGAUGCUUGGUAAGAGGAACGGAGCCGUGGCUUUGCUGAAAGAAACGCUGAAAAACGGCGGGGUUGCUGCUGAGGGUAUUUUCUCAUACCAUUGUAUUGUGCAUCAACAAGCCUUGUUUGCUAAGUUCAAAUGUCUGAAUGAAGUGAUGGCAAAUGUAAUCGAAGUGGUUAAUAAUAUCAGGGCCCGUGCAAGAAACCACAUAAAUUUUAAACUGCUUUGUGAGGAGUUUAACACUCACUAUGGAGAUUUGGUGUUACACACCGAGAUCAGAUGGCUGUCUAAAGGACGUAUGCUUGCACAUUUCAUGGACCUGCUUGAACCCCUGAAAUCCUUCAUUGUUGGCCGAGGGGAGACUUCCCGAUUUUCCUUUUUGGAUGAUAGAGUGGAUGCUCUCUGUUGCGUUCCUGUGUGACAUUACGCACCACUUGAACGAACUUAAUCUCAAGAUGCAGGGAAGAAACAAGACCGUGUAUGAGCUCUACACGGCUGUCAGAGUAUUUUCUGACAAACUGGAUGUACUCGAACGAAGUGUCCGUGGUUCUGAUUACCGUUUCUUCCCCACCGUGCAGAAAGUGAUGGCGAUGCAUGCAGACGCUCUCCUGCCCUUCCCCGUCAAUCACAAUUCUGUGACGUGCUAACUGAGCUCAAGCAAAACUACACAUCAAGAUUCCACGACUUCAAGGACCAUAGCAAUAUUUUUCUACUUGUGAAAAACCCAUUCCUGAUUGAGGUCAAUGAAAUGAAGCAAAUAAGCGACCAGCUCGGACUUGUGCAGCUUCAAAUGGAGUUCGUGGAGUUAAAGAGCUCAGAUGAACUUCAGCGUCAGUUUCGGAUUACAGAUGUUGUGGACUUUUGGAAACUGGUGGGGCAUCUACCAAAUAUCUCCAGACUGGCAAGACGCAUCAUCUCAAUGUUUCCGUCCACAUACCGGUGUGAAGCAGCAUUCUCUGCGCUCUCAAAAAUAAAAUGUCGCAACCGAAACAGAUUGAGUCUGCAGCACACAACAGAGGCCCUUCGGAUCGCCGUUUCCAGCACAGAGCCCGACUUCAAAUCACUUGUGCGGCAGAAGGAGUGUCAGAAAUCACA